CCAACAUGCUUCUCUUCCUUCCCCGGCUUCCUGUGCCGCAAGGGAGUGCGCCUGCGCAACUGGUUCCUCAUUUUUUUUAAAGCACGUGAUUGUGAAGGUGAGAGAUUUUAGCGGUGGUGAUAUCACAAUGUCCAGUUUGGCCGCUGCGAGCUGCGAGUCGACACCUGCGACCUCCGACCCGCAGGAGAAGAAGCCAUUGAGGCCGUGCUGUGCCUGUCCUGAGACCAAGAAGGUUCGGGAUGCCUGCAUCAUUGAGAAGGGUGAAGAGCACUGCGGGCAUCUGAUCGAGGCUCACAAGGAGUGCAUGAGGGCGCUGGGGUUCAAGGUCUGACCCCGCCAUUGCAAUGGAGUGUUUGGGUUACUUCCUGUGUGCUGCUUGGGAUUUCUAACUUAUUUCCUGAAUGGUGAGAGUGGAAUUGUAUGCGAGAUGAAGAGGAGGAACUCUUUGGUUUUGGUCACAUUUAUAUCCUGUUCUACUUCUCGCUUAGAGUGUAAAGUUUAUUUUUCUUAAAUUCUAAUAAAUGAUGCUGAAAAAAAAA